ACGCCACCGUUUUGUCUUCGGUUGCGUAAUUAAAGCAAAAAGAUUAAAGCUUUGAUAACAAAUUGGCCCCCACAGAAAGAGUGAGAACUGAGAAGAAGGCAAAGGAGUCCACCGGUCCCUGGAUCUCGAUCUCCGGCCAUGGAAUCGGAGCCAUUCGAGAGAGAAAAGCACGUGACUUUUCUGGAGAUGAUGUACCGGCUCCUCCCACACCAGUACCAGACCCAAGAGAUCAACCGCCUCACUCUCGCCUACUUCGUCGUCUCCGGCCUCGACCUCCUCCGCGCUCUCCACCGCAUUGACAAGGACGCAGUUGCCGAUUGGGUUCUGUCACUCCAAGCUCGCCCGAGUGACAGCGACCAAGUCAACAAUGGGCAAUUCUAUGGGUUUUAUGGUUCCAGAAGUUCUCAGUUUUCUCCUCAAGAUGAUAAUAAUGGGGCUUCGAGUUCCGGUAUCAGUAACUUGGCAAGCACGUAUUGUGCUUUGGCCAUACUGAAAAUUAUCGGCUAUGACUUGUCUAGUAUCGACUCUGAGUCGUUAUUGAAGUCGAUGAGGAACCUUCAACAGCCUGAUGGGAGUUUUAUGCCUAUACAUACAGGGGCGGAGACUGAUCUUCGAUUCGUUUAUUGUGCUGCUGCGAUUUGUCAUAUGUUGGGAAAUUGGAGUGGCAUGGACAAGGAGAGAGCCAAGGAGUACAUAAUAAAUUGCCAGUCAUAUGAUGGUGGAUUUGGGUUGACUCCUGGUGCAGAAUCUCAUGGUGGUGCAAUUUAUUGUGGUAUUACAUCUCUCCGGUUGAUGGGAUUCCUUGAAGAGGAUGUACUUUCCAAAAAUGUGUCAUCCUCCAUAGUAAAUGUGCCUCUGCUGCUGGUUUGGUGCCUACAGAGGCAGGCAGCUGAUGGUGGAUUCCAGGGUAGACCGAACAAGCCUAGUGACACAUGUUAUGCAUUUUGGAUUGUAUCAGUUUUGAAGAUUUUAGGGGGGCACAAAUUGAUUGACCAGAAAGCUUUACGUGGAUUCUUAAUAACUUUAUGGUGGUUUCAGCAAAUUUCCAGGGGACCUGCCAGAUCUGUAUCACUCUUAUUAUGGGUUUACAGCAUUCAGCCUUCUGGAAGAACCUGGCCUCAAUCCACUCUGUGUUGAGCUAGGAAUGACGGAUCUUGCUGCCAUAGGAAUCUAACUUAUUCUUCAUAUUCGUUGCCUUGGAGUUGCAACUAAGUUUACGUGUGUUUCCACAUAUUCAAUUGUGUUCUCAGUAAUUAACAAGAAUUUUUAUUUUCAUUCAUGUAUACAGUGAUUAUAAAGUACAAAUCCUUAGUUACAAGUUGUAACUGAAAAAUAUAUAUUUUUUUUUCUGGAAGGACGGUAAGUGUGAGUUAUAUAAAAGAAUUACCGCCUCUCCAUGGAUUGCAA